AUGGGAGGAUCCGAGAACAAGUCCUCGCCGUUGCCCUCGCACUGUUUGAAUCAUUCCUUUAUUGAUACACUGGCCGAGCCCUUGUUGGGGAUUGCUCGCGAGUGCAUUCCUCUCGAAGACAAGACCAACAAGGGAGAAGCUCUCUCCAAGGCUUCGAUUCGAGCGGAUGUGUUGGAAAUCCAGUUGCGAUCUCAACUCUUGUCCUUGGUGAAUGACUACGUGACGUCGUCCUCGGAUUCCACUGCUGUGACGGAUGGUGCUAGUAUUGGUAAUAACAGCAACGACAACAAAGAGGCUCUGGAAGACGUGGGAAUUUACUGGGAACGAUCGUUGGAGAUUUGUCUGCACAUGGUCUACUUUGCCGACGAUAAUCAGGACGAACGUUACAAAGGCAUUCAGGUCCGCAAGUUGCCACUGUUGUUGCUAGAAGACGCCCUGGAUGCGUUGCCAUUGGGAGCCUUUCAAAGCUUGUGGCAAUCCGUGGUGGAACCGUCCUAUCCAAUCCUCUUUAGUGAUUUGUUGUGGCAUCCCAAUGCCACCUUUCCUUGUGCACUGCCAUUCAUCAAACUCUGCAACAAAUUCCUCAAAAAAUUGACAAACACCAACACGGCCAACAGCAACGAAUGGCCGGGACGAAUUCUACUCACGUUGGCCAAAGCAUUUCCACUUUCGGACAAAUCCGCUACCAAAAUAUGGGGAUCCUUUAACACGGACAAUGUCACGGAAUUUGAAACAUCAGAGCAAUUUGAACAGGAACAACAAGAACAGCUGCAGCAACAACAGCAAACUGACACUUCUUCUUCUACCACAACAAGCAAAUCACUGCAUCAUAAACAUCAGAACAAAGAAUUGCAGACCUAUUCGUUUUACGAAACAUUUUGGGCCGUGCAACGAGAUUUCUCUAAUCCGUCCGGCAUCAAAGUGGCAGAGUUCCUGGACAGAAUGAAGAAGAUCUUAGCUGCGCUGGAAUCACAUCCUCUCAUCCGAACCAGUGCCAUUGCCACUUCAGGAAACAAGGACAAUAACAACACUCCAAAAGACGACAACACCAAAGAAGAAACCACAGACGCCGACGACGACAACCAGCAACCACCGGUCAGAAAGUACUUGACGAGUAGCCAAUUGCUACCCAUUCAACUGGGUGACCCUAUCUUUCGCAUUCAUUUCCUCACGCAAUUCUUGAUUGUCGAGAAUCAUCUCUCCUCGGAAUCAUCCGCCUUGGGAACGGCACUCUUGCCGCUGCAAAAACGAGCCAAGGAUCUGCUACGGCAUAUUCAACCACUCGGAGCCAGUCACCUUCAAAUUGUUUCCUCCAUUAUCAAUCAACGAGAAGUCCAUUGGAGACAGUGGAAAAAGAACAAGUGUCAACCCGAUCUAGAUACACCGCUUAACAACACACAGGAUGACAGCAAGAAUCGAAAACGACUUUCGGAUGGACCACUCGGUUUCUCUUCUGCACCUGCUAGUAGAAGUAGUGCCCCAGCGUUCAAGAAACCAAAGAAAAAGGACGAAGAAGAGCUCUUGUUUGAUUUCAUUCUUCAUGAAAAGAAGGAUCUCAAGGCCACGUGCGGGGCUCACGAAAGCAGCAGCAGCAACAACAGUAAUGACAAGAAGAAACAAACCGUUCCUCCCGCUUUGGAAGAUCAUUUGGAAUCGUAUGUGGAUGCCCUCGAUCCAGAGUCUGGAAUCGAAGCAGAAUAUCAUCCCAAGAAUGAUUCGCUCUUUACUUGGCGGGCCUUGCGGUUGCUCUCCAAGGAUCAUCUGGGCAAGUUUCACAUGAUUACCCACAAGGGAGAUUUCGAAAACAUGGUGCGAAAGAUUUGGAGCGAUGAAAAGGGAAUCGAGAUUCCAGGACAAGCUGCCGAAGCGGAAGACUUGAUGCUAGUAGAAGAAGACGAAGCCGUCGCAGCUUCGUCGCAAGCAGAGGAAGAAGACGAAGAGGAAAACGAAGAAAUGACGCCGGUCAAGGCGGAACCAGACCAAGCAGCUGUGGAAAAAGAGGAAGACGACAAGGAAACUGGAGAGUCACAGCAAACACAAGAUAGCGGCGACAAGGAUCAAGAAAUGGAAGAUGCAAACAAUGGCGACCGCAACGUAAAGGAGGACGAAGGUGAGGUCGUGGAUGAUGCCUCAGCAGACGCAGCCAAGAUAGAAAACGAACGCGCUGCAGACUCUGCGGACAAGUAUGAGGCAGACGAACAGUCUCCGGCGAUUGUCAAGAACGACACUAUAAAAUCAGAAGAUGACUACAGCAAAGAUCACGGUGACGGUGCCAAGGCCAAUCCAGAUGGCGAUGAUGCUCCGAUGGACGCGGAGCCUGCCAAGGAUGUGAAAUCUGUUCCAUCUAAGGAAGAACCAGCCUUGAUGAAACAAGAACCAACAGCGUCGACUAAUGAUAGCGAAGAAAGCGACGACGAGGGAGAAAUCGAAGAAGGCAAAGCUAGUCAACGGGCAGCUCCAGAUGAGCAACGGUUACAGUCAUCCUCCAGUAACGACGACAAGGGCCCACCAUCCCGACGCCGAAGUCGCUCGGAGUCUGAAGGUCCUGCUAGCAGUAGCAAGCCACGUCAUCAUCAUGGUGGAGAUGGUGAGCAGAAUCAGCAGCAACACAACCAACAAGCAGAUCGACGAGGAGAUGACGACCGGGGUGACUCCAGACAGCAGCAACAGCAUCGACGAGGAGGUGGUCACGGACCCAACAAGGGCAGACGGGAUCGAGACCCCACUAGCAAUAGACCUCCCAGCCCCCAGCAGCACCGAGCUAGUGGAGGAGGGAAUCGUGGAGGUCAUCGAGAGCGCAGCGAUGGGCGAAACAACGACAAUGACCGACAAGAUGGACCUCCUCAAGGAUCCGGAUACGGUUCCCACGGAGAUCAUAGUAGAGGCGGCGGCCAGUCUCGUCAGCAUCGAGGAAGUGAUGGUCAUCAGCGAGGAGGACAGCGAGAACACGGAGGAGGAGGUGGCAGAGGCGGAGGAAGUGGAAGUGGUGGCGGCCGUCCAAGCGAUGGUGGUGGUGGAAGAAGAGACGACCGGGGUACGGACGAACGAUGGGAAGAUCGGAGAGGUGGUGGCGGCGGUGGUAGUGGUGGUCAAGGAAGGAGGGAUGACAGAAGGGGUGGCGGAGGCCAUCGUCAAAACGAGCGCCGAGGAGGUCGUGGUGACGGUGGACGAAGGCGCUACCGAUAG